GGUUCAGGUGGCGGCCGAGGAGGAGGCCCUGGGCGUCUUGGAGGCGGCGGCGGAGGAUUUGGAGGCCGAGGCGGCGGAUCCGGCCCUAUGAGGAACCGACAGAACCUGAACCGCGCUAGAGGCAGACCAACGCCUUACAGCAGGGUAUGAGAAAAUUAGAGGAAUGGGCAGAAAAGGAAAACCCUUCGGCAAACCUGAAAAUGCCUGGUUAACAUCCUUCUAUUCUCCAGCAGGCUUGCUAGCUAACCCUCUAGCCAGCUUGCUAGUCAAGCGAUAAAUGUUCGCUAUAACCGCCGAGUUUCCCUCGGGGGGAGCUCUAUGGUUUGCGGUUAAGCAUUUAUGGAAGUUGUAACGUAUUCAUAAUGUGUCCCUUCUCCCACAACCCGUAUGUUACAUCACUUUUUUGUCAAGAGGAGGCCUUGUGGAGAGAGUGAGCGUGUUAGCUAUUUUGGCUAACUAGCUAAAGUUGGAUCGUGAAGGCCUCGGCGGCGCCAUUUUAAGUUAGAGCUAGUUGCCAACGAUCGAUAAGAGAGCUUUCCAGCCCAAGUGUCCAAAUGAUGGUGAGAGGAACCCACGUCAACGAGAAAAUUCACCCGCACAUGAUUUUUUCCACCACUUUUUUGGAGCAUAGUUUUUGGUCUUGUCCCGGGGCAGCGACCAGGCGGCCUUUGUUCGGGAGUGGCUGGCGGGUUUCACAACAAGGCCUGUUUGGUGGCUUUUCAACCGGUCUGGCUGUUACUUGAGGAUGGAUCAGUGGACUUCAACCACCCUGGUAGUGUUCUUAUAAGGCAAACCUUCACUCCUAAAGUGUGAAUGAGUAUUUAGAUGAGCCCAACAAAGCCCCAAUCAAAAUGGCGUGGUCUCAAAAUGGACGCUCAGAUAAUCCACGCUCGCAUAGAGGGGAUAGCUGUCCCUUAUCUAGUUGUUUUUUUCAGAUCCAUCCUCUCAUGGACACUAACCCCUUCACGAAAGCCCUUUUCGUGGCUUGGUAAAGAACUUUGGGUCGGGCCAGGAAACACGGUGCAACGCUGGAGGCAACACUGCUUCAGAUGGCGACCCCCUGUGUACCCGAGGAUCAUAUCUGGAGAGCCUUUGGUGGAGGCGCAGAUGCCUAAACAGCUUCCAGAUAAGUGGCAGCAUGACAUGUUUGACAACGGCUUCAGCGGCUUCAGUGGCCCUGCUGGAGGUGGCGGAGGAGCCGGUGUGGAAACUGGAGGGAAGCUCCUUGUCUCAAAUCUCGACUUUGGGGUCUCAGAUGCAGACAUUCAGGAACUUUUUGCUGAAUUUGGGACUCUGAAGAAGGCUGCAGUUCAUUACGACCGAUCAGGAAGAAGCCUGGGAACAGCAGAUGUCCACUUCGAACGGAGGGCAGAUGCUCUCAAAGCCAUGAAACAGUACAAUGGCAUCCCACUUGAUGGGCGGCCUAUGAACAUCCAGCUCGUCACAUCACAAAUUGACACACAGAGGCGACCUAUGCAGGGUCUGAACAGAGGCGGAGGAGGCAUGAACAGAAAUCGCGGGGGUGGCUUCAGAGGAAUGCAGAGAGGCCGUGGAGGGCGUGGCUCAGGUGGUGCUGGAGGAAGAGGUCGGGGCGGCCGCGGCGGUAGCAGCAAGCAACAGCUGUCAGCAGAAGAACUCGACGCACAGUUAGACGCCUACAAUGCCAGAAUGGACACCAGCUAAGAAAUGAAGCUCCUCUGGGUUGUCGUCCCUUCCUGUCUGCACAGAAGGGUGGUCGUUACAGAUGUGCAGAAUAUUUUACACUUGGUCGUCUUCUGAUGUGAUUUGAAAUUAUUGUUCCAACCUCUUCUUUUAAAUGCUCCGAAGUGUUUUUUACCAGUAUUUUUUUUUUCUCCUUUUUUUCUGAUGAAAAUGGUUUUGGCUGUAGGUUAAUGGGAAUUGGGUUUUCCCCAGUUCUUACUUGUACCCUGUAGUUUAUGACACUUGGAAUAAAACCUACAGUGCAUAUUAACCAAA